GUAUUUCGAAGGGGGUGUUUCCUCGGUUUACCUCUGGGAUCUGGAUCACGGAUUUGCCGGGGUGAUUCUAAUUAAGAAAGCUGGCGACGGAUCCAAGAAGAUCAAAGGCUGCUGGGACUCCAUCCACGUGGUAGAAGUCCAGGAGAAGUCCAGCGGCCGCACUGCCCACUACAAGCUGACCUCCACGGUGAUGCUGUGGCUGCAGACGAACAAGACGGGCUCUGGCACCAUGAACCUGGGCGGCAGCCUCACCAGACAGAUGGAAAAAGACGAGACGGUGAGCGAUUCCUCUCCGCAUAUAGCCAAUAUUGGCCGUCUGGUUGAGGACAUGGAGAAUAAAAUCAGAAGUACGCUGAAUGAGAUUUAUUUCGGAAAGACAAAAGACAUUGUCAACGGGCUGAGGUCUGUGCAGACAUUUGCGGACAAAUCAAAGCAGGAGGCUCUGAAGAACGACCUGGUGGAGGCAUUGAAGAGGAAACAGCAAAGUUAGAAACCAGUAUACGCCCCCCCCUUGACGAUGCUAACAAGACACGCCAUGCACUCAUUAGCCCCCCCCCCUUUCUUAGGAAUCUUUUUUUUUCCUUCCUGGCCUCCUCCCCGUUAUUUUCAUUUCCCACGUACGAUAUUCUUCUACUCAUUAAAAAAUAAAUAAAAACCUCCAUUUUAUUUCCCCACCAUCCCAAAUAAAGCUGUAUAAACUGUGGUGUUUUUUUUUUGAGGGGGGUGGUGGUGGUCUCUAGCAGCUUAAUUUCCCCUGUCUUAUCGCCACAGCCUUGCAAAAACGUAUUUUCUUUUUUUGAGAAACUUCUGAGAUUUGUGCCCCUCCUUUUCUUCUGGGCCUUAUGUUCGACCUGCAUAUUUCCACCAAUCAUGUUUCUUUUUUUUUGCUUUUUUUUUUUGCUUUUUUUCUUGGUGCGCCCCGUCUCCUGCUGCUCCCCCCCCCAUAUUUUGUUAUAUUGGUGUAAAAAAUGUACAAGAAGCAAAA